GGCGACGUUUCGAAUCUCUCUCUCUCUCUCCCCUCUGGUGUGGCUAUUUAACUUCCGGUUUCUCACACCCCAAUCUUAAGUCACACACACUCGAGCAAAUUUCCGAGUUCUGAUUUCCAUUUUCGGAUUCCAAUCUCAAAUAAUCUGAAAAUGUUUGGCUUCUCAGAAAUGCAAUCAUCGGCGUCGACUCUGUUCUCGGCAUACGCCUCUCUUGCCGCGUCGAUGAUGUUAGUCCGAUCAAUGGCCAACGAGAUCAUCCCCAAUCCAGUCCGAUCCUACAUCCAAUCGGCGAUUCACUACCUCUUCACUCCUCUCUCCACUCAGCUCACCGUUAUCGUCGACGAGCACUGCGGACUCACUCGUAAUCAAGUCUACGAAGCCGCAGAGAUAUACCUCGGCACCAAAAUCAGCCCCAACGCUGAGCGAUUCAAAGUUCACAAAACUCCGAGACAGAAAAACCUCAACAUCAGCAUCCAGAAAAACGAAGAGGUAGACGAUACCCACCAGAACGUUCAGCUGAAAUGGAGAUUCGUCUCCGUUGAGCCUCAGGACCGGCAUACUGGAGAAAAAAGAUUCUUCGAGCUCACUUUUGACAAGAAAUUCAAAGAAAAAGUGUUGAGCGAGUACUUACCCUUUGUUCUGGCUAAGUACAAGGAGAUAAAGGAUAAUGACAAGGAAGUGAAGCUCUAUGCCAUGAAUUGUCUAUACGAUUAUGAUGAGGGUGGGGGAGGUGGGGUUUGGGGUUCGGUCAAGUUGGAGCAUCCGUCGACGUUUGAGACUCUUGCGAUGGAUAAAGAGAUGAAGAAGGCGAUAAUCGAUGAUUUAGAGAGAUUUGUGAAGAGAAAAGAGUUUUACAAGAAGGUUGGGAGGGCUUGGAAGAGGGGGUACUUGUUGUAUGGGCCUCCUGGGACUGGGAAAUCGAGCUUGAUUGCGGCGAUGGCGAAUUAUUUGAAGUUUGAUAUAUAUGAUUUAGAGCUUACAAAUUUGUACUCGAACUCGGAAUUGAGGAGGAUUUUGGUGUCCACUACGAAUCGGUCGAUCAUUGUGAUCGAGGACAUCGAUUGCAGUGCCGAGAUGCAAGAGCGGCAGUUGGGGAAUGACUCUUCCAACACCAAGUUGACACUGUCGGGGCUAUUGAACUUCAUAGAUGGAUUGUGGUCGAGCUGUGGAGAUGAAAGGAUCAUUGUUUUUACAACCAACCAUAAGGACCGCCUUGAUCCUGCUCUGCUUCGACCUGGUCGAAUGGACAUGCACAUUCACAUGUCCUACUGUACAACUCAAGGAUUUAGGCUCUUGGCUACGAAUUACCUUGGCCUGGGCGAUCCCCACAGGCUCUUUGGUGAGAUUGAAAGCUUAAUUGAGAAUGUACAGGCGACCCCUGCAGAAAUUGCUGAGGAGCUAAUGAAGAGCGACGAUGCUGACAUAGCUCUUGGUGAAGUAGUUAACUUCCUAAAGCGAAAAAAAAGUGAAGCCAAUAACAUUGAGGAGGAAAAAAAUCUGGCGCUUGAAGCCCAUGAUAACAAGCAAAAAAAAACUAGUGGAGCUGAAAAGGAGGCCAAAAGGAUGAAAACUGAGAAAAUUGCUAAUAGAACCUUAAGGAACUGUAUGAAAAGAUCCACUAGAGGAAGAAGACAUCGGAUGCCGUGAACAAGAAAAUGAGAGCGCUGUAUAUUUAUGGAUGAGUUGUACAACAAUUUUUAAGGCAGGGUUGUUAAAAAAAUGGUUAUUCCAGCUACGUUGAAGAUCUUUGCGCAGGUGUUGGUUGGUGUAUUUCUUAAUUUAUGAGAACAAGUUUGCCUUCAAAUGUUGAACCUGCAUUUUCAUCUUACUGGGCUUGACCCAGACUUGUAAAUUUGAGGCCUAUUAGUCAAGGCAUCAAGAUUGAUAAUUCAAUAGCUCAGAUCCUCCCAUUUUGCUCGUGUAAACUGUAUAAGUCGCUUUUGCUUUCUUUCUUUGCUUAUGAAGAUGUAUCAGUUGGUAAUGUGGUCAUUUAGUAACCUCUUUCGAGGCCUAACAUCAUAUAAUUUA